CGAGCCUUUGUAAAGUUUCAUGUGACAAUAUUGCUUGUGCUUGAUUGAACAGGCCCACAUUCCAUGCAAUUGUCUUAUCGCCGUUCUUAGAAAAACACUUACCAGGAAGUUCUCACUAGUAUUUGAAUUACUACCAGAGUGGGGCUUUAGUCUUGAGGGUUUAACAGAGAAAUGAACUUCAGUUUUUGCUAUGUGAUUCAGGUUAAGUAGUAAUAUUAUGUAAUGAUAUAACACUAUAUCAUAUCAGUGUGAUAAAAGAUUAAUGCAUCCAUGAAAAUGCCGGAAUGCAUGUAAUGUGGGUCUUUGGGAACAGGCAUUAAUCAUGUAUUCAUUUACCAUCUCUGAGACAUUUGAUAUGGAUACUUGCAAAGACGAAAAGGCCUUAAAAAGCUCCCGUGCACCCUGGACGCGAUCUUCCCAGAUGUCCUUCACUCCGGCGCCGGGACACCACGGACCCUGGGUGCAGCAGCAGCGGAAGACGCGAGCCAGGCCCCGGCCGAGGACCUCGCCCCCUCCGCCGCCUCCGGUCUUCGAGAUCUCCACCCGGAACCGCUUCGCUCCCCUCCGCGAGACGGAACGCGACGCUGUGAUCGUCGGAGACUCCAUUGUCCGGUACGUACGUGCUACUUUAGCUAAAGGUAAAGUCCACACCCACUGUUUUCCUGGUGCUCGCGUUCUCGAUGUUUCUGCGCAGAUACCCGCGAUCCUGAAGGACGGCGAGAGCGUCGGCGCGAUCGUCCUGCACGCGGGGGUGAACGACACCAGGCUGCGGCAGACGGAGGUUCUGAAGAGGGACUUCAGCAGCCUGAUCGAGACGGUUCGCAGCACGUCGCCCACGACGAGGAUCAUCGUGUCAGGACCCCUUCCCACGUAUCGACGUGGGCACGAAAGGUUCAGUAGACUUCUUGCUCUAAAUGAAUGGUUAUUGACAUGGUGUAAAGAACAGAAACUGCUCUUUGUUAAUAAUUGGAAUCUUUUCUGGGAGCGUCCUAGGCUUUUCCGUGCUGAUGGCCUGCACCCCAGCAGAGUCGGAGCGGAGCUGCUGUCGGACAACAUCUCCAGGACGCUACGCUCCAUUUGACUAGAAUUCACAAGCUCCAGUGUGGAUCCAGAACACUUAAGAAAAGAUGAUGCCAACCCUUCAGAGGACUUCAGAUGAUGCCAACCCUGAAAACAUACAGCACUACCAAAUUCUGCUACAAAUUUAUAGUGUUCUUUGUCUGUUUGAUUACGUCAUUAAUUGAUCUUUACCAGACAUCUCUACCAUAUGUACAUCAAGCUACUACUACAUAUAUAGUAAAAAUGUCAAUUUGGUGUAAAGCUGCUUUGCAACGAUAUGUAUCGUGAAAAGCGCUAUACAAAUAAAUUUGAAUUGAAUUGAA